GCUGAGCUCCAGCACCAGGGCUCAGAGAGGGGCUGGGAAGUCACUGGAUGGACCCCAUUUGCAUGGAAAGCCCCUUCUGUGGCAGAUGGUAGAGGAUAAAAGGAAGCCUGGGGCAGCCCAGUGCACUGUGGGGACCAGAGUCUGUGUUACUAUGGCCUGGACUCUUGUUCUCCUCAUGUUCCUGUCUCACUGCACAGGUUCCAUCUCCCAGCUUUUGGUGACCCAGCCUCCCUUCCUCUCUGCAUCUCUGGAAACAACAGCCAGACUCACCUGCACCCUGAGCAGUGACAUCAGUGUUGAUAUUUACCCCAUAUUCUGGUACCAGCAGAAGCCAGGGAGCCCUCCUCGUUACCUCCUUACCUAUGUAACAGACUCAAACAAGCACCAGGGCUCCGGGGUCCCGAGCCGCUUCUCUGGAUCCAAAGAUGCCUCAGCCAGUGCAGGGAUUCUGCUCAUCUCUGGGCUCCAGGCAGAGGAUGAGGCUGAUUAUUACUGCCAGUCAUUUGAUGUUAGUGAUGGACACAGUGAUACAGGUUCCCUGUCUCUGUCUGUGCUGAACCAGUCACCCUCCCUCUCUGCAUCUCCCGGAACAACAGCCAGACUCAUCUGCACCUUGAGCAGUGACUUCAGUGUAGGCAGCUACUACAUAUUCUGGUACCAACAGAAGCAAGCUAGCCCUCCCUGGUAUAUCCUGUGCCAUAAGUCAGAUGCAGAUAACCACCAGGGUUCCAGGGUCCCCAGCCACAUCUCUGGGUCCAUAGAUGCCUCCACCAAUGAGUGGCUUCUGCUCAUCUCCAGACUGUAG